UGUUGCUCCGCGCUUACCCCACCGAAUUACGCCAAGAUCCCCUUCGCACCAAACGACUCAGUGCCACGCACCAUGAACUAUCGUCUGCAGCAGGGAUCGGGUGAUCCAGAGAUCUCCGCCGGAUACCGUCUGCAGAACGAAGUCGAAAAUGUUCCAUGAUGGACUGUCUCCUUCAGAAGCUCAAAGGACUCCGAGCAUCGAAAGUUGAGUCCCCGAAAUACCGGCGGCAGAGAACAACGGUGAGAGGAGACAAAACAUCGCUCGCCUCGACAUCCGACACAAGCUCCUACUAUUCGGCUUCGUCGAAUUUCAUCGACAGGGUUAUUCUUGGACGCCACAUUUAUAUCCAAGGAAAUGCCUACGAACUGCCUGAUUUUGCGACAUCCGAAUUCGUGGUGGACUGUUUACACUGGCAUAAUGUGUUCCGGGAAAAGCAUGAUGUCCCGCCACUCCAGCUCAAUAACCAGCUCUGUACUCAAGCUCAGUUCUGGGCGAACCACCUCGCCCACACCAACACUUUCAGCCACCGGAAUCUCCGCGACAUCGGCGAAAACCUCUUUUCGAAAUGGUCAUACAUUCCAGACUUCGACAUAACAGCACAACAAGUUACAAAAUACUGGUACGAAGAAAUAAAAACUUACAAUUUUUUUCAAGAUCCAAGCUUGCUUCACGUCAAAGCAGGUCACUUUACACAAAUGGUUUGGAGAAGCAGCACGGAAUUUGGCGUCGGAAAGGCAAGAUCGCGCUGCGGAAAAGUCAUUGUUGUCGCCAACUACAAGCCAAGCGGUAACGUCAUUGGCGAGUUCCAAGAUAAUGUUUUCCCACCGGUCAACGAUAUGGAUAUUUUAAACGAAAUUUGAUAUGUGAUAUCCCUUUUUUAAACAAAACAUAACAUAGAUAGGUAGUAUUCCGUUAGAGGGCGCCCCCAGUCAUUGCCAACUUUGAAUGGUGAAGCUGUUCCAUUAGCGCCAAUAUUCGUUGCUAAAAUUUAGAGCUGAGAGUCACCAUUUAGAUUUGGCGGGCUUGUACUAUGUAAACGGAAUUGUACUAUGUUAUUUAUUAACUAGAAACGACGUUAGUUUAGAGGCAGAAUGACUGGUGACGAUGCAUUGUCUUUGAUGAAGACUUUUCUUAAAAAUUAAAAAGAACAAAAAUUUAAAAGCGCAUAUGUUUAACAUAGAACAACACACAGUAUUUUGUUUCAACCUUACUUUACUCAGAGAGGAAGUUGAAUGAUGAAAUGCAUAGCCAUUGAAAAACGAAUCAAAAAUUUUGAUUGAAAAUUUUUGUGCGAUUCAAGUUUUAUCAAAUAUUUAAAAUGUAGUUAAAUUCCAUAAGAAUAUAAAAGUUUUUUGCAUUCUCUAAAUCCUCACGCAUGUAAAUAAUUUAUUAUAUAUAAAUUUCAUAUAAAUGAUGAAUGCAGUCAUUCACUGCACGAAAAUAAGACCUUGAACUUUUCUCUAUAUAAUUACGAAAGAAAUGUUCAAUUUAUUUAUAAGAGACAUGCUUACCAAUUGUAAAUUUAAAUAGUAAUAUUUCAUCUUUUUGAUCAUAAUCAAAUCGGCAAACAUUCGGAAUAUUUUGUGCAUUUAUGCUUGUAGCAAUUUUGAACCUCUACCUUCAUUACUUUCAUAAUCACUAAUUCGAAAACUUUUUUGUUGUAUAUUUCAAAAGAUACAUGUUUCAUAUUAAGCACAAUUCGGAACCGAAAACUAGGUUUUUAAAUAAUUUCUGCUUGAAUUAAAUGUAUGAAACCUUUUUUAUUCAGAAAUCGCUUGAAUGAGAAAGUAACAAGCAAAUCAAUAAUCGUUUUGAACAAAUCGAAUCUUUAUUCGAAAUUUCUUCGUAACAAAAUAUAUUCAGAAAUAUAUACCGGAUUGUUUAAAAUAGUGUUGGAAACCGAGAGAAGAAAUGUCUGUUCAUAAUUUGAAAAAAAUUUUACAUUUUUCAUUACAAGCGAAAUUUUUGUGAAAGUUAAGGUUAUGAUAGAUAAUUAGAGAAUCAGUCGAUAUAUAUUAUUUAAUUUUCAUUUCAAUGUUUUAUAAAUAUGAUAAUUAAUCAUAAAAUGUGCAAGAAUGCCUUCGAAAGAAUAAAUAAAAAAAAAAAAACUCACUGUCAAGGAAAUAUCUUACCGCACGAGGACUCUGCAUUUUGAAUAGCUAUUUUAAUUAUAACAGCUAUUUCAUAUGGCUUUUGACUUGAUAUCACAACAAAGAGUUAAACAGCGUGUAAAUUAAAUAGGAUGCGAUAGGAUACAUUUAGUUAGAUCGUCCAUUGAUCAAAUUGCAUAUUAAAUAUUUUGCAGUUUGGUAUUUUAGUAAAAUGGACUAUUUAGUUGCACUGCAUUUUUAACAUAAUAUAGUUAAAAAAAGAUUAAUCUAAAAUAAUCAUUAACUUUGUGCAAAUAUUUUUAUUUAUUGUGAUCCCAGAUUGCUCGGUAUCUAUGUUUGUACAUAGUAAACAUUAUUCAAACGAGCAUUUUGAGUUUGUAAUUAUUCUAAGUGCAAAGUGAACAUAAUGGAACUUCAUCAAACAUCAUUGGACAAGUUUUUAAAAGUGUUAAUUAUAUUUUAUAAUCCAUGAAAUUUGUGUAUUUUACAGACUUAUUUAUUUUGUAACUGGAAAAGUUUUUUUAAUUACCUGAAUGGCAACUCCCUCGCAGCCGAUGGCCUUUGUUCAGUUGCCUAGGUGUCUAGUCAGAAAUCCGUAAAUGGAAAGGAAAAAAUAUUUUCCCUGACAAAAUACUAUAAUAAAUACCUAGACCAAAUAUUCUUUAUCCAUUAUUUUUAAGAGUAAUAAAAAUUUGCAUGCUGUUAUGCUUGUUAAUUCAUCGAUUUCCACACUUAUGAAGCUGGCCUAAAACAGUCUCACCGAUAGCGUGCGGAACAGCAAGCAAUCCAUUUGAAAUAUUUUUCAGUAUAUAUUUAAAAUGCGGGCAAAAAUAAGCCGAUUUUUUUUUCUGAAAUAAUUUUGUUUUUCAUUUCCUAAUAGCAGGCAACUCUAAAUCAUUCCUUUCGUGGUUUUGUUUCUUACCGGAUUUCUGGUUUCGUUACCGGGUUUCUUAGGAAGAAAAAAUUCCUUUUCUCCAAUUCUUUGGCUGUCGUGUACUAUAUCAUAUACUCAAGAAACAAAAAGUAAUUCAUGUGUAAAAUUCCCAUAGUCUAAUAAUAAAAAUGUCAGUUAAAUAUUUUUAAAUUUCUUUACGUUUCUUUUUAGCUUCACUAUUUGGUAUAUAAGAUUAUCAAUAUCUAACAAGUAACUUAACUUUUGUGCCUGAGUAUAGUUCCCUUGUGAGCGUGACAAAAAUUGUAAGACCUCUUUUUGGAUAAGGCAUGUAGUUUCAAGCAGCUGAAUUUUGGGCAAUUAAUUUCUUAAAACCUAUUUUGGUAAUCACUGACAAUUCUAGAUGACAGUUUACAGAAGGCCACAAACGAACACAUAACCGAUGGCUGACAUCUUGUGUACCUUUCCACGUCUUAUAGAACAGUUAUAAAAAGGAAUCGCAGGACGUCAAUACCCUUUGCUUGAACACUAUGUUACUUUAUAUAUAUGUCAAUUACUGAUAGUUAAAUAUAAGUUAUUCAAUUAGGUAUAAAAACACAGUAAUAUCUUUCUUUGAACUGUCAGCUUCAGUCACCCAUCUAUCGCAACGCAUUACACCAUAUUGUGCAAAAUUGUUCUGCAUUUUGAAAUUUUAUUCUGUAUACUGUAAAUCUCAUGCGAUAUAUCGAAUAAGAUAUUUGUAUCCUACAGAAGCAUAAACUAAAAGAUAUUCUUUCAAUAACCAUUGCAUAGAUAAUUUAUGAGCAAGACUGACGAGCGAGUUAGAUAUUUUUAAAAGGCGAUAAAAAAAAGCUUCAUUAUUAUUUAUUUUUGUAUAUUAAUUUAAAAGUUAUAAAAACAUGAAAAUACAUAAAAAGGCUUGGCUUAUAAUUUUUAGAGAUUUUUUUUGUAAUUAAAAUAAUUCCAUAAUACUGUUGCUAAAGCAAAUUGAAAAAUCUGAAUAUUUUUAUAUAUUUAGAGUUCUUACAUAUGAAUUCGAGGCUCAUCGUAAUGAUUUACAGUAAAGAAUUUGAAUGCAUUUUAUAAAAUACUUGUGUAACUUAUCAGAAUUAUCAAAGUAUUAUACUUAAUGAUACCGAGAGUGUAUAAAAGAACAAAUUUUAAUAUUUUUCUAUUUCUAUUCAAUUAAAUAUUAGUCUAAUUUACUGAAUGCGCUUUAAUAAUACAAAAAUUUCGCUUUUUGUAGUAAAAUAUUUGACAUUCUUUCUUUUACGCGUUUUGUAACUCUGAACG